GCCGACGCGAACGUUCCGAUCGAACCUGGAAGCGGAACUACAGUCCACCCUGACACGGAAGUAGUUCCCUGGAGGUCCGAGUUCAUUCCGCGUCCACACACGUGCACUCCCUCCCCAGAGCCAUGCGUGUUGAACCAGAGGCCGCUCAGCGUUGGUAGCAGUUACUGUUAAAAGCAUAAAACAUGCCCAAAGAUAUAUCGUCUUCGUCAUCGAGCGAGGAUGAAGCGGAGGACGUCGCCAUGGAAACAACAGCUCCGCCGAUAGAAACCGACCAGAGGAACACGCGGUUUGAGUGUCCUGAGGACUUUGUGUCUUUCUGCCACGUCCCCUGCAGCAGCACGCUGGCAGACAAUCUGAGGAACGACGACAACGAGUUGUGGCUCAUUAAAGCUCCCGCCAGCUUCGAACCCCAGUGCUUCAGCGGCGUCAGGGUUCCCCUCGCCGGUCUUCAGACCGUGAAGGUGCGCAGCACUUCGGCGAGCGAGCCGGCCCAGCAGAUCUACAGCGUCCUGGCGUCCAGCCGCUGCCCCGCAGAUCUGCGCCUGCUCACCAGCGACAGCCAGGCGCCGCGCCGUUCCGUCUUCGCUCCCGCCUUCGCCGGCCUGCUAAACAUCUGCGAGAGCUACGGAGACGGCAGCGGCAGCCAGGUGCCCCACGUCAUCCCCGCCGCCCCGCCUCCCUCCAUCCCCCCCGGCCUCAAGCAGCGCUUCCACCCCUUCGGCAGCAAGACCCCCACUCUCACCUGCGUGGCGGAGAACGAGGCGGACGGAGCCGCCUUCGGCCCGUCGUCCACCACGCUGCGGCCGCUGGUGAUGAAGCGGUUCGUAGAGGAGGGGGGGCGUGUGGAGGAGGACAACGACCAGGAGGAGGAAGGCAGGAAAAGGAAGAAGAAAAAGAAAGAGAAGCGGAUAAAGGCGGAAGAAAUGGAGGUGCUGCUGAAAGUCAAACGGGAACCUAGCGAUGAGUUUCCUGACGACGGGAUGAAGGAGCUCCCCUUCCAGGAGGGCGACCCGCAGGCGAAGAAGGCGAAGAAGAAGAAGAAAAAGACGAAGGAGGAGGAGGACAGGGAGCGAGAGGAGGUGGAGGAGGGGCUGGAGCCCAGCGUGAGAAUAAAGCCGGAACCGGUGUCUGUGAAAUGUGAGCCGGAGGACUAUCAGUACGGCGACGCGGCCGAGAGCUCAGGGAAGAAGAAGAAGAAGAAGAAGAGAAGCAAAGCGGAGCAGGACUGAUGGCGGCUGGAACGUUCUCUCCAUCUUCUCACACGUACUCAGCAGAUAUGAACUCGUAAGUCAGUCGACGGAGCUGAUCUGCUUUGAAUCUCUGAGGCCAAUUUUCCUCACAUUUAAACCUCCGCGGACGGAAAGCCGGGGAAAAUGUCCUCGUUUAGUUCCAGUUCCUGUCAACUGGCGGUGAAUUUUACGACGCUAACGUCGCCCCAUGCUGCCGUGUGGGUUUACACAGCCGACGUCGAUGAAGACCUCAUAAUGAGGCGGUGUCAUGCAGAGAUUUACCGUUUCUGUCAGCUGAAGGACUAAGGCAUGGUUUGGAGACACAGACGUUUGAAAUAAAGGCUUUAUAAGGCAG